AAAUUGCAAAAUACGAAAUCAAAAGAUCAAAAUAAACAAAACAAAAUCGUAAGUCUGUUUUGGUAUUCAAGUGUGUUUAAACAAUAAUAAACUAAAUUUAUACCACGGAAACCAUAAUCUAAAUCGCCAGACGGUUCACAAAUUCACUUCAAUUUAAUUCAUAAAUAAGAAAUAACUAUUCAAAUGUGUAAUGACGGAAGUAAACAGAGAUAUGCUUCAUGCUGUUAGCUAUGGAAACUUAGAAAAUGUACGAGACUUAAUUUACGAACAUGGAAUAAAUAGUUCCGAAGCUCAUGGAUAUGUUCUUCUUCGUGAAUCGAUCAAGCGCCAGCGCAAAGAAAUAACUAAAUUCCUUUUAAACAGCGGAUCGAAAGUAAAUAGUAAAAGGAGCCAAACAAUUCCUUCAAAUACACCACUUCAUUUAGCUAUUCAAAAUCGUGACUUAGAAAUUACAGAAAUGCUUUUAGACCACGAUGCUGAUAUUAACGCACGAAAUGAAAGUGGUUUGUCACCCCUCCUAAAAGCUAUUCAAGAUAGACAAGAAAAUAUUGUUGAUAUUCUACUGAAAAGAGGAGCUAUUCUUAAUAGUUGCAACAAAGGCAUAAGCCCUCUUCAUUAUGCCGUUGAAAGACACUUUUGCAAUACAACUGAAAAACUUUUACAAUAUGGAGCCUAUGUAGAUUCAAAGGCAAAUUUUUACUGCAGGAAAGAAGAAUAUACACCGCUUCACUGUGCGACUGAAAAUGAAGAUUUCGAGAUUGUUAAGAUUCUUUUGAAGAAAGGAGCAAAUGUGAAUUCUACGACAGCCGAUGGACAUACACCUCUGCAUUUAGCAUGCAAAACUGGAAAUGUAGAAACAAUCGAUUUACUCUUAAGCAACAAUGUCGAUAUUAAUGCGCGUGCUCAUAAUAAGUUAACACCACUCUAUAUAGCUGUGGAAAAUUCUCGCAGAGAAGCCGCUAAAUUUUUAAUGGAUCAUGAAGCACAAAUUAAUGAUGAAUUCGAUAACGGAAAAACGAUACUUAGUUGUGCUGUUGACAAACGCUUAUCAUUGAUAGUCAACGACAUUCUACAAUACAGUCCAGAUGUCAACAACAUAAUAAACAAAAAAUCUUUUAGAACUGCACUGAAUAGCCUUGAUUCAGAAAUUGUUGAAAAUAUGGUAAAAUAUGGUUUUUCUGUUGACCAUGAAGACAUAAAUGAUACCGCUUUGCUACAUAAUGCUAUUAAAAUGGGUAAUACUAAAAUUAUUCAAGAUCUAAUAAAGCAUGGGCUUGACUUGACUUGUAGUAAAGCAGAAAAUUCCACCGUUUUGCACAUUGCUAUAAAAAAUAAACAGUUUGAGGUAGCGAAACUCUUGCUUACCAAUGGUGCUGAUGUAAAUGCCACAGAUGAAAGUGAAAAACCUCCCAUAUACUAUUCAACAUACAACUCUGAUGUCAACAUGACUAAGCUUCUACUAUCUCAUGGAGCGAAUGUCCAAAAGCGCCCAGAAUUGCUUAGGAUUGCUACAAAUAAACUUUGUAAAGAAAUCAUUGAAAUUCUACUUGAAAAGCAAGUUGACAUUGAUGCGACUGAUAAGUUUGGAAGAACAGCCUUACACAUGACUGCAUCACAAGAAUAUGAAGGAUUCUGUGAUUUUCUUAAUAUAGACGAUACGCCACCGGAGGUUAUCAAGACUAAGGCAGAAAUAGCCAAAAUUCUUCUUAUCAAUGGUGCAAAUGUUAAUGCUAAAACUACCAAAAAUAGGUUAACCGCUCUUCAUAUUGCGUGUGUAAAACAAUUUAUAAAUGUUGUUGAAGUUCUUUUAGAAUUUCAAGCCGAUGUUGAUUGUGUUGCGAAAGGUUUUACACCAUUGCAUAUUGCUGCUGAGAAGGGAAACUCAACUAUUAUUGAAAUGCUUGUGAAGCAUAACAUGAAUAUUGUUAAUUCAAAGCAAGAAAAUGGUGAUACAGCUCUUCAUAUUGCUGCCAAAAAGGGUCACCAAAAUGCUUUGGAAAUCUUGCUAAAAAAUGGAGCAGAUGUUAAUUUAAAAAACAAUAAACAUGAAACUGCACUUCAUUUGGCUGCAAAAGGAUCUAAAAAUGAAAUAGUUUCGAUCCUCUUGGACCACAUGUCUCCUAUUGAUUCCAAAAAUAUUUAUGGUAAUACUCCGCUUCAUAUUGCCGUGGAAUCAGCUAAAACUGAUAAUAUACACGUUCUUCUUAAUUUCGGAUCGGAUAUUAAUAUUUUGAACAACAAACACUGCACAGCUAUUGAUUUGGCAAAGUCUUUGCGUUAUAAUGGUUUUGCUCGCUACGGUGACUACGAUGAUGAGGAGGGUUAUGAAAGAUAUGUUAAUAUUCAAGAAUCUUUUUAUGAUGAAAAAAAUCGCAUUCUUCGAACUUUACUAUUGCACGCAAUAACCUUAAAAGCUAUAAAUUUAUAUCCUGCCAAAACGGAUUUGUAUUCAUUUUUAGACGAUAAUAGUUUGUUGAAAUUUUUGCAAGAGGAUUGCGAAAAUGAAAUAAAACUUCUGAAGGUCGAUACAAUUUCUGGUAAUACAAAAUUAAGUUUUUAUGAUGUUUUGACAAAAAGUAUUCACUCAUUAACAAGAUGCGUUAAAAAUGAAGAUGUUGUUCGAAUUUUUGAAUCAGAUGAUUAUAAAGAAAAAUUUCCAAUAUAUGCUGGCAUAAUUGAAAGAAAUUUUAAAAAGGCUACUCAAAGGCGACAAUUGCUAGAUUCAGCAUAUGAGUUUUUCAAAUGCUAUUUUGAAAUGCCUUAUGAAUGUGUUGAUCAAAUACUAAGUUACUUAAGUAUUGGUGAUUUAGAAAAUAUUAUGGACUCAUGGAAAAUUUGAAAACUCAAAUCAAUGUUUUUCUAUUAACUAUAUACGAACUAUAACUUGAAAAUGAAAUAAAAAUACCUAUUUUUGUUACUUUGUUUUAAACUCAACUGAUAAGUUUUUUUUUUUUAUAUUUAUAACUGAAAGUUUAAUUUACUCUCAAG